CACACCCUCCCAAUAAAUGACACUUUCUCCCACUAACACAUUUAAAUACAUCUCACUCACCACCAUCACAUAUUCCACUAACCCUGUCUCUCCACAAAGAAAAAAAAGUCUAGACUUAACUCAACACAAUGAAACCUGUAACCAUCUUUCUCCUUUUCACCCUUGUACUCCUCAUAGCUUCAGCCUCUGUGGAAACCCGACCUGAUUCCACUGGAGCUUCUCAGCCAAAGAAGGAUAAAAGAAACAACAACAACCAAGGUGAUGGAAGCAACUAUGGUGGUGGUGGAGCUGGUGGCUUCUUUGGUCCUGGAGGUGGGUUUACCAUGCCAGGAUUUGGAAGUGGAUUUGGGAACGGCAUCAUAGGAGGCGGGUACGGAGGAGGGUAUGGAAGUCCUAGUGGAGGGCGCUCUAAAAAUGGUGUGGUGAGAUCCACUGUUGUGUGCAAAGACAAAGGCCCCUGUUUCCAGAAAAAGGUGACUUGCCCUGCUAAGUGCUUCUCCUCUUUCAGCCGCUCCGGCAAGGGCUAUGGCGGUGGUGGUGGCGGUGGUGGCUGCACCAUUGAUUGCAAAAAGAAAUGCAUCGCUUAUUGUUGAGAAGAGGAGUUAUAUGCAUGUUUGGAUACACGAGUAAAAUCGUGGUGAGGUUAAGAAGUUGCUUCUAUCCACCGGGGUUUUCUACUAUAUGUUAAACAUGCUCUAUAUGAAUAUGAAUGAAUGAUAGCUGCAGUUGUUUUCUCUUGUAGUUGCUAGUAGUAUUGUGGUCAUGUAUAAGAUAAAUAAACAGAAAGUAGACACAUCUCUAUGGUAUGAAGGUGGGUUUGUUUUGGGAGUUGCUUUUGAUUAUGUACUCUAAUUUUCAUCUAUAGGUGGAAAAUUACUUGAGAGACACUGCAUCAUAUGGAUAGAGGAUUAUUGAGGAUUAUUAUAUAUGUUAUUAUAUGAAGAUACUUAGAUA